AUGACGCCCAACUACGAGGUCAGGCUCUUGCUCGACCCGGAUGCGGUGCUCAGCUCUAAACCCGAGCUAGCAGACACUGUCCUAUCGACUUUUCAUGUGGCCUCAACCACCAAGAUGAAUGUCCAGUUCCUCGACACGUGCUCCAAGGAUAUCUAUAUAGCCGGCUGGAGCGCCCGUAUACGCAAGGCCGAAAAUGAUGACUUGGAGCUGACGUAUAAGAAGCGGUAUGCCAUCUCGGGUGGCGAAAUUGACGCCGCUCUUACAACGGCUAAAGAAGAUGAUUUUGACGACGGUGAUAAAAAAUAUGAAGCGCAAGUUGAAUGGGGAUACCAGAAGCAGACGCUUUCUAUCAGCCGCAAGAAAAAUAUAAAGAAUUCUAGGGAUAGCGGAACCGAUUUGCCAGGAGAAAGCAAGUCGCGUAAAUUGCUGAUCGAUGAAGCGCCGGAUAAGUUUGACAACUGGUAUCCCAACAAAUGGGGUACCAGCGCAUUGGCGAUCUCAUGCAUUUUUGGUCCGGUCCUCGUCACGCGCUUCGUUGGCAAGUGGAACGACAUGCCGCUAAAUCUUGAGGUCUGGCCCCUGCUCAAUUCCGAUCGUACGGGCAUUGAGUACAUCAUCGAGGCGUCUUUCAAGACGGACAGCCGCUCGACAGCCUCGGUUGAAGGAGGCAACUUGGUCGCCUACUUGCAAAGCAAGAAUUGGUUUCUCGCACAGGACUCGCUGAAGACGCAGCUUAUUAUGGAGCGCUACGGACGUGCAAAAGUUGUUUGA